AUUACCCUGUUUUAGUCAGAACCUUAGGUAAGAAAACUCAGUCAGGAAACAGGAAAUACAGAAUGUCAUGAUCUCAAGUGAAGAAAUCAGGGCACAAUGGCAUUAUGUCUUCUUAUGAUCAAGGCAAAAAGCAACGAAAAGACUGGGAAAUGGCCUUACCUCUGCUGUUGUUGCUAAUUGCAGGGCUAGCUGGAACUGGACGUUUUGAAGAUGGUGAUUCCAGCGCCAGUGAGCCCAUUCCUGAAAAUGAAGAUUCUGCAGAUGAUUCCCUAGAUGAUGAAAUUGCAUCUGACAGUAAUGGCACGACCAUCACCAGAGCAAACAUUCUACAAUCUACACGUGCAGUGGUUGAAGAUGAUGGUAAAAAUUCCAGCAGCAGAAAAGAAAACGAAGAACCAGUGGAUGACGCAAGCCCACCAUACCAAAUUAUUGUUCCAGCUGCGCUUCUGCUACUAAUAACAAUCAUUGUUAUAAUAGUUCUGGGAGUGAUUUAUUCCAAGAGGAAAAAAAACAAAAAUGUGGGUUAUGAGAAAGAAGAUGGACAUUUAACUGGUGGGGAGAUACCUAGCCCCAUGUUUGAGGAUGAUGUUCCCUCUGUGCUGGAAUUAGAAAUGGAGGACCUGGAAAAAUGGAUGAUAAAGAAAGACUCUGGAGGUGAAGUGUUAGAGCCGGGAAAGGAGACGUAACCUGGCUUUCAGCUCAGUUCAUCUGGAAAAUACAUCAUCACUCCUUAGGAUCUGGGUGCUGUUGAUGACUGAAGUCUACAGAUUCUACAAAAGAAAAGAGUACUUCAUCCCUUUCAAACAGUUUUGAAAAGAGUGAGCUCCAGUCUAUAUCAGAGGGAGUAGAAAGGUGACGAAAAUGUAAGAUUGUUUCUCAAGUCCUUAAUUUGUCAUUCUGUUCAUUGAAUUUAGUUCAAAAUGAAUGUUAUUUAUAUUAUAAGAAUAUUGUAAGAUACUAUAGCAUUGCUUACGUGUGUUUUACAAAAUUAUGUUUUUGAUUGAUUUAACUGGAAAGGUUUAGACAGUGAACAUUCUUUCACACAAAUAAUAUGAGAUUUGUGGUUUGCAGAGUAGAACAAGACACAGUUGGUAGUAUUAUUAAAAGCCUGCAAGGAUACCAUGCAGGAUACCACAAUGCUACUAUUUUUUUGGUUAAAAUUGUUAUAAACUCUUCAUCAGAUUAUUUCCUUUACCAGUUUGAUUUAAGGGAAAUAUCGUGUAAUGAAACUGUUUUUGAAUUACAGACGAAGGAUUUAAUUAAACAAAAUCUGAAUCAGGACCUAAUUUAUGGAUCAACAUCAAUAAUCAUGCUUCUAAGUGUUUUGGAAAUUCCAAAUACCAUUGUAGCAAUCUGGGUUGAAGACAUUUAUAGAUUCAACUCCAUGACAGAGAGAUGUUAUCUUUAUUGGAACACAUGGCUGAUGCUGGCCUGGGUUAGAAAGAGGCAGAUUUGAGACAAACAUUGAAUGAAAAAUGCAUUUGAGCACAACUAAUCUAACUUAGAAACUAAACUAAAAUAAAGAAAAUCACCAUCGAACCGUUAAAAACACCCAGGUCUUCUAUAUUUCUGCUGUAAAUCUUUUUCUUGUUUCUAUAUGGUACAGCUGGAGGCAUAUUUCUUAAGAAAUAAAAGGUUUGAUGCUGUAUCCUGAAAUCUCAAUGUUACAACAUCUUAAUUAUUUCAAAAGUCCUACAUAUUUUUUGUAAACGCACAUUUUUGCUCCGGUCUUUCAGGAAACGUCCCCUCGAAUUUCAUUCUUUUUUAAGUUACUAUUCUAGAAUUUAUUGAAAUAGGCUAAAAGACCUGAAACAAAUAUUAUUUUCAGGUAAAAGGUGCCAUUUGGCUCAUGAAACAUCAUUUCCAUUGUUCAUGACUGACUAUCUUUAUGGGGAUAUUUUCUCAAAUAUUGUCAUCCUCAGACUUGGACAUAUAACUGAUACUCUGCUUAUACAUCUCUAAACCAGCCCAUACUCUUCAGACCCUUUCAUACUCAGAGCUUCCUUAUUAGAAAUAAUUCUUUAUGAUUUUCUAAAAUGUUCAAAUUGAUAGGAAAUAUUUCAAUUGUUUUAGGCCGUACGUAUCAAAUUAAGUUUCGUGUUCUUAUAUUAUCAUUCUGUCACAGGACCCUGUGUGUGAGUUGAAUUAAAAUACUUUUAUAUUGUGUAAUUUUAGUUGUAAAAAAACAGCAUGAAACUGUCAGAAAAAAAAUAUUUCAAAACUAGGUGAAGCUUGCACGAUACACUUAUAGUGUUCUUAACUGAUCAACAGAAAAAAAGAGCUUGUUAAUGUUAGAAAUAUCCUGUCUUAGUGGAUUUUUGAGAUACCUUUGUCAAGGGUGAUAAGGUUGCGACAUGUUAAAUAUUGAAGUUACGCAUUUGCAAAAAAUAUCCUUUGUAUUACUAUUUGUUGAACACCCCUGGAGAAUAAUGCAGUUUUUAAUGACUGCUACUUGUUGUCAACUGGUCUCAUUCAAUAUGUAUGAAAUACCCAUAGACCUGAAGCCUUCUGGCUGCUUUGAACAAUAAACCUAGAGAUCUGUGCUCCAAAUUUCCAAUGCAUGCUCUGUAGAGCAGUGAAUCAUUGGAUAUUAAUAGAAUUCAUAUGCAGGGGAAUAGGAACAAGAACAGUUUGUCUGAAAAGCAAUGCAUACAGAUAAGGACUAUAUGACAGCAUAAAUAGGCUCAAUACUCUUUAAGCAUGUAUGCUGCCAAUCCAGGGGCUAGCAUGGGGAUUACUUUGAAAAAUGGCCUUACAACUCGUGCUUUUUUUCUCAUUUAAUUUGCAAAGCGUAAACUGUUUUCUCCGAGUGCGCUCUACCCAAGUAUUAUUUCUGCACAUCUGAUGCACAGUGUUGUAUCUGCUAUAUCCUUAAGUCCCUGUUGCGAAUAGUGUUCGCCUGUUGUCUGAUUUAACAAGUCUCUUGAGUUUACUGUAUGUAAAAUGUUGCUUAUAAAAAAUAAAUGGUUCAUUUUUCUCACAAA